GACAAUCCUAACUGAUCCUAACCUAGAUUGUCGAUAAGAUAUAAGAUAACCUAAUUCUUUGAAAUCUCUGUAGAUGCUCUGUAGGGUUGUUAAAGAAAACAAAUUAUUUUUUAUUUCUUGCCUGCCUAUGAAACAAGAAUACUGUAAAUAGUGAUUAAUACAUAAUAUGCUUUUAAAAUUAAAAAUAAUUCUGGCAUAUUUUAUACUGCAACACAACAAGAUAAAACAUCAAGGACCAAUUACAUAUUGAAACUUAUCUAAUAGGAGGAAGUGCAUUUGCUUUAUCUCACUGCCACAAUUAGGCCUAAACUGCCUAUUAUCUAAUACUAUUUUAUUUCAUUAAGUAUGUAAAAGUUGUUGUGUGUGUGACGGAUUAAAUAUAAAAUGAGUUUUCAAAAUAAACGGCCAUUGUAUUUGAAUCAAACCAGUGAUGUUAGUUCCUUCUCUAACCCGAAAACUACUGAACAAAAUUUUAUUACUUGUGAUCCGAUAAAGAAAUAUUCAGAUAUUGAAGAUUGUCUGUCUAAUCUUCCACAAUGGGUUGAAAAAGUUGUUCCCUUGAAAAAGAGAUGUCAGUAUGUAGUUAAAAACAGUCUUUCAGAUUGCCAUAGUAUUGAGAGUGAUCAUUAUAUACAUAACAGAUUAGAUUCUCGUACUGUUCCAAAAACAUUAAUUUGUCAUGAUUACAAAGGAGGAUAUUUAACUGAUUCCUAUGUUCCUGUCAAAGAUGGCGAUGAAAAACAUAUAGAUAAAGAAGGAUACACUUUUUACAAUUGGUCCCAAAUUGACUAUUUUGUAUAUUUUAGUCAUCACUUUAUAACUAUACCACCUCUUAGUUGGAUAAAUGCUGCUCAUAAGAAUGGAGUCAAAAUAUUAGGCACAUUGAUUACUGAAUUUACUGAUGGUGCUAAGAUUUGCGACGAAGGCAUUUUUAAUAACAGAGAUUCAAUGAAAGAAUUUGCUUUUCACUUAACUGAAAUAGUUAAAUUAUUUGGUUUUGAUGGCUGGUUACUAAACAUCGAGAAUGAAGUAAAGCAUCCUGAUCUUUUAAAAGGGUUUGUUGAGGUUUUAACCCAGAACAUCCAUAAAGAUAAUAGUGAAAAUAUUGUUAUUUGGUAUGAUAGUGUAACAAAAGAUGGUAAACUGUUAUGGCAAGACCAACUGAAUUGUGAAAAUAAAUGUUUCUUUGAUUUGUGUGAUGGAAUAUUUUUAAACUAUUGUUGGAAUGAGGAAAAACUGGCAAAUACAGUUAAGUGUGCAGGUUCUAGACGUUUUGAUGUUUUUGUUGGGGUUGAUGUAUUUGGUAGAAAUAUGUUUGGAGGAGGUCAAUUUAAUACAUUUAAGGCAGUGGAAUUGGUGUCAAAAUAUAAUCUAUCAAUGGCUAUUUUUGCUCCUGGCUGGACAUAUGAAACAAUGGACAAAAAUCCAGAAAACACCAGAUUUUCUAGAUUUUUAACAAGAGAUGAUACUUUUUGGUUUAGUUUAUUACCAUACCUUUAUACUAGGCCAAUAAAUGACUUUUUCUUUACAAACUUUCAUUUAGGAUUAGGUCAAAAUUCCUACAGUCUGUUCAUUCAAGAACAACAAACUUCAAGGUUACUACAUCCUGAUAGAUUAAAUACUAUACCUCAAUAUGAAACUGUUUUGUCGCUGCAGAACUCAUGUGACUGUUUAAAAAGAGAAUAUGUUGGCGCCAAAAAUGUUUGUCUCAUAUCAAAACAGGGUUUAAGAGAAAAUAGUAGAAGUAUAGUACACAAUAUUUUUCUAUGUGAUAUAAAAUUGCAAGGAAAGAUAGGCGUAUCUGUUCAAACAGAAAAUUUAAAUUUCAUGGAGACAUUUUUAGACUGGGUUUUAUUAACAGUUUUGCCUAGUGGAAGUCUGAGAAAAAUAAAAUUGCUGGGUGAAAGGAAAUCAAACGUAUUAGACAACGUGUCCAUAUUAGAAGUAAAUCCUAUGGAAGAAUUAGAAAUAAAACAAAACAGUACCUGGCAUUCAAUUUAUCUACAAAAAUCAAACACAAAAUUUUUAAGAUUUUAUGAAUUUACAACUAGUAUAUCAACUCUUUUGGAAAUAGGGCCAGCCUUCACAAUGGUGAUUCCAUAUUUUUGCUAGAAUUUGGUAUUUUUGAUUUAUAAAACACAACCGUACUAAAAUAUAAUAUUACUAAGUAAAAUAUAAAAAGUUUAUCUACGAAAUUAUGUUUAAAAAUAAAUAUUUCUAUA